AUGUGUUUCAAUGAGCUCAUCAAUAGGAGCUUGAUCCGACCUAUGGAGAUAGACAGGACAUUUGGUGAUCAGGUGGAGAGUUGCCGACUUCAUGACACUAUUUUUGAUUUCAUUGUAUCCAAGGCCGUCGAAGAGAACUUUGUUACUGUAAUAGGUGUACCUGGUGUUGUAAAUCCUGACUCAAAGGGCAAGGUUCGUCGAGUGUCUUUGCAGAAUGAUGGAGAGAUUCCACUGGGUCUCGAUGUAUCUCAUGCCCGUUCACUCCAUGUGUUUGGCAGUAAUGCAAAAAUCCCAUCUUUAUUGGAGUGUCAACUCUUGCGUGUUCUGGACUUCAAUGAGUGUUUGCAGUUAGAAGAUGAUCACCUUGCUGGUGUUGGCAAUUUGUGGCACCUCAAGUACUUGAGGUUCAAGCAUGCCCAUGCCCUCACAAAGCUUCCAGAACAAGUGGCAAGGCUGCGGCAUCUAGAGAUUGACAUAUAUGGAUACAACAAAGUAAUGGAAAUCCCUGUGAUCAUCCAACAACAGUUGACCUGUUAUGUAACUCUAUCUGUGGAUGAUUAUGUAACAGUGACGGAUGAAGUCGCAGAAAUGCAGGUACUGUGGGUGUUGGAAGGUCUCAAUGUCUAUACUCAGUCAAUACAGUUUCUCGAGAGGCUUGGCCAAUUGAAAAAUCUGAGGAAGCUGAGCAUAUUAUUCAACAGCUAUGAUUCUGGAGACAAUUGGGAGGAGUAUGCGGAGAAGUUGAUAUAUUCCAUCUGUGAGCUCAGCAAAGCUGGCCUCGAGUCUUUGCACAUCGACAUGAAUGAGGCAACCAACGAGUACUUUGAGGGUCCAUGGUUCCCCGAUCCUUCGUGUGGCCUUCGGGAGCUUACCAUCCAUGGGGGUGUGGUCUCAAAGGUUCCGGCAUGGAUGGCCUCGCUCAUCAAGCUCGAGAAACUAUACAUCCCCAUGGACACGAUCAUGGAGCAAGACGUGGAGAUACUGGGAGCUUUGCCCAGCUUGCACCAUCUUUGCAUUGAGCAUGAUAAGGAUGCGAAACUUGAGCUGAAAGCUGCUAUGGAGAAAGCAAUGAAGGAGCACCCCAAUCGUCCUACCUUGGUUUGGAAAUUUUAUGACUAG